CUACUACCCUGACAGCUCUCAGCUUUGACCAAUAGGGACACUGGAAUCGCAGCGACCUCGAAACUUCAACACUCUUUUCAGCCUUGCAACGACGAUUAUCUGGCCUUUUUGCCUCGAAAGACAGCCAAGACGACGACAUAAAGAGGGCGCAGACCAUGGCGCAUGUGACCAACACGCUGGCCACGGCCGAGCAGCUCUACAAGCGCAAUUCCUUCAGCUCGCUACCGGCCGACCUCCAGGAUGUCAUUUUCUAUGCGACGCAGUGCCUAACACAGGCUGCCGGUGUCCUACUCGACUUGCCACAGUCGACAACGGCACAGGCAAAUGUCCUGCUGGCGCGAUACUGGCUCGUCGAGUCGCCAAUGGCAGGAGAAUUCAGCGACGUCUCCGCCGCAGCCCUCUACCUAGUCGCCAAAAUGGGACCCGUCCCACGCUCAACCCGAGACGUCUCAAACGUAUACGCCUACCUCCUCUCCCCAGCCUCCUCCCUCUUCCGCGGCGAGCCACCAGACGACGACGACCCGAAGAAGCAGCGGCCCCGCCCAGACCCGACGACGUACUACCAGACAGAAGGCGAGUACGCCGCCUUCCAGACGCGGAUGCUGGCGGCCGAGGCCCGGAUCCUCUGGGCCCUGGGCUUCGACACGGCCGUGGCGCUGCCGCACGCGCUGGCCGUGACGUACCUCCAAGCGCUCGACUUUCUCGGGAAGCCCAGGGCGCAGGUGGCGGGUCGGGUGAUCGCGCACCUCAAUACGGCGCUGCUGAGCCCGCAGAUGUUGUACCUGACGCACCAGCCCAACGCGCUCGCGACGGCGGCGGUGUAUCUCGCCGCCCGGGAGGCCGGGGCCAAGAUGCCUGAGGUGGCGUGGUGGGAGGUCUUUGAUGUUGAGAGGGAGGAGUUGGGUUUUCUGGUUGUGGGGAUGAGGAGUCUUGAGGGGUGGGUGAGAGGGGUGAAAGAGACUGGGAUGCUUGCUGGUGGUAUGAUUACGAGGGUUGGGAUUGAGAGGGAGUCUAGGCGGAGGGCUGGCGAGGGAGACGAGGAGGAUGAGAUUAUGGCGUUGAUGGAUCAGAGAGCGGCGUAGAGCAGCCAUGAGAUGCUGUUCGUUUUGAGAAGAGAAGAUUGAUACCCAAACAAGAAUCUGACUUACCAUGUUUUCCCCUGAUCAGUAAUGUAUCUGACCUCAUCUUCAACAUGACUUUGCGGUUAUUGAGGGAGCAAAACGUCGCAAUGCGGCAGUACAAGCUUUGUUCCUCUACACGGUGAUUAUUGUAGAAGUUGGAAAUGCUAGUUGAUUGUUUGUCUCAAGAUACCUGGAAAUGAGCAACGAAAAGGGUC